AUGAGCUCCGGCAAUGAUGCGGUCUUCUUGCGCCGCAACAACCAGAUACAAGAUGCCAUUGACAGCCAGAACAUGAAGCAGGCCUUGCAGCUGAUUGAAAAGCGCAUGAAGAAAGGCGAGAACACACCUUUUCUGAAGGCCUGGAAAGCGAACGUCCUCUUCAAUCACACGGACGAAGCCCAUAAGAAGCGAGGAAUUGCCGAGACUCUCGAGCUGUGUAAAUCUGAGCCACCAGUCACCGAUCUGGAUACCCUGGACACACUUCGCCGAACCCUGCAAAAGAUGGAUGACCAGACCGACCUUCGGAGCGCAUUGUGGGAAAGAGCAGCCAAGGCAAAACCGCAGGAUCACGACCUUCAGAUGAGAUGGUUUACGGACGGAUUUGAGGGCCGUGACUGGAAAUCUGCACAGAAGGCCGCCAUGAGUCUCCAAAAGAACUUUCCCCGCGAGCGAAAGUACUAUUUCUGGGCCAUCUUCUUUUGUCAUAUUGUUUCAAUUGACUCGGCCUCCUCGGACAUGGACCGUAAGUUGUUUGGGACUUUGGCAUAUCGUAUGAUUUCGAAGGCGGUAGCCGAAGUUCCCACCAAUCCGACCGAGCUACUGAGCCCCCCAAGAGCUAUUCAAAAUGCCGAGGAACUUUUGUUGCUCAUCAAAAUCUUUGAAAAACAAGAUAAGCAUGAUGAGAUCCUCAAGAUUCUCGACAGCGAGAGUGCUGGUCUCAACUCUCGGAUAGUUAAUAAUGACCGGAUAUUUGUGGCGAACAAACUGCACAGCUUGGGAAUUACUGAGCGCUGGGAAGAGGGACACGCAUGUGCGAAAAGCCUUCUGACUGUACCCGAAGAUGAAGAUGGGCGCAAAGCCCUCAAGGAGCGUGACGAAUGGAAGUUCUGGAAUAUGCUCAUUGCAAGCACUCGUAAUUUGGAAGAAACCCCAGGACUGCUCGCCGAAACACAGGAGAUUAUCGAAAAAUUCAUUGAAUUCAGCCCCAAGUCUCGCAACGCACAUCUCGCUAGAUUGGAUUUGACCCUGGUCGGCAUCAGACGGGGCCAGAACACAUCGGAUGAUCUGGUUUCUGCUUGUCAAAAAUACUGGGACCAGCACAAGCACAAACUUUAUCUCUUCGGCGACUUCCGAGGUAUUCUGGAGACUCGCGAUGAUAGCUUGGUCCACCAAGUGUGUGAAUAUUGCAUGGACAGCGUUGAAGGCAAAGCUGAUGAUGCUAUUCCGUUGAUCAAUGCAUACAAGAUGCAGUAUUAUGCACGACUGUCUGGCAGAGACCCGUCAAAGUCCACUAUUGAGAAUCUUGUCCGCAAUUGUCUUGACUUUUAUGAGAACUUUACUCUUCUUGCAAAGACCCAGAACAAAAGGGACAACCAAGAAGCUUCCGUAAUGGAAAGUCGGCCCACAGAUGACUUCUGCCUUAUUGCCGCCAUGGCUCUUCUUCGGCCCAAUAAGACAUCUGACCAAGUCAGCGACAAAUCUUUGAUUCGUGCUGCUGGCAUUCUAGAGCGUCUGCUCGUUGAUUCGCCUCACAACUAUGAGGCGAUUUUGAUUUUGAUCCGGAUUUACACCCUUCUCGGCGCUGGUUCGCUCGCUUUGAAAGCGUUCAGUAAGCUAUCGCUCAAGCACGUGCAGUAUGAAACUGUUGGCCAUAACCUCUUCACCCGUUUUGCCACAAUCCACCCUUACUCUGCGCCUCCCUUUGAAGGCGCAGAGUAUAAGGACUUUGAUCCACAGGCUGCCUUUGUUCAGGGUCUGGACUUUUACCGCUCUGCAAACCUCACCGUAUCGAGAUCCCUAAUGAAUGGACUUCGCGAAGGUUCCUAUGCAAACCUAGAGGAAACAAUUGAGCUGCGGAACCGCCUCAAUGACAGUAUUUGCCGGAGAAUUUUGGCGCUGGAGACUCGACGGGUGCAAAGACUAAGAAAGGGGGAGCACUUGAGCUUCCAUGAGGAAACUGCCCAGUCUACUUCGCCGGCUUAUGACCAGCGGUCGUACGAUGCGUAUAUGAACUUGGAACACCAUAGCCAGCCAACAUUCGAGACGCGACUGCGCGCAGGCCCGGUUCCUAAGGUAAACUGGCUGGCCUCCGCCCGAGUCACUGAUCAACUAUUCAGUGUUCUCAAGGGUAUCGCUAUGCAAAAACCGAACCCCAUUAAAGAAGAGUUGCUUGAUAUUAGCGACUUGACGCUUUCUGAGACCGAGAGUGAUCUAACGCCCACCGAAGUGGAUGCAAGCAAAAUCAACCUUGAAUUGCUCAAGGUGGCUAAUUUCAUGGCCGGAUCUAAGACUCAUACUUCGGACCAAAUUGCGAAGACUCUUGGUCAGGUAGAGGUCUGGUUGAAUGAUAAGAAACAGGGUCUGGUUCUCCAAGACGACAAGAAGUCUCCUCUUAUCGAGAACACGACUGUUGAGUUUGACGGAACUCCUGCUGCCCCAACUUGGAGAUACUUCCAUGCCAUCUGGUCUCUUGUGGAGAGCCUCAAAGCUUUGUCAAACAUCAUUACCCUGGAUUCCCGGAAGGCUGUGAAAACCACCAAGCUUCCAGAUGACCACUUAAAGCGGGUGAGUGCUCUUGUUUGCGGUGUUUUCGAGGAUGUCCGUUCAAACACCCGGGCUCUGAAACGGGGCCUUUCCGAAUCAGCCAACCUCAGCACAGUCAUCGACCUUGUUAUGCAGGGUGAUGCAGAUGAUAAAUAUGAGAAGCCCCUUCAGGAUGUUCUCAACAGAAUGAUGGACGCAUCCGCAGUAGAGGUGUUCUGUGGAGAGUUGAGGGAGAGCUGGGAAGAGGCACUUGAUGGAGUGAUGGCGGCCAAGAUUUGA